AUGGUGUUUGUCGGCUAUUAUGCGGAGCCAGUGGAUUUACUGUCCGAGAUGUUGUCCGACCCGCGGAAUCAAUCGGUGUCUGAUCUGAAAGCUGCUGCCGCAGCCUCGGCCUUGGCCUCGGAGAUUGGUCAAGGGGACAUCAAUUUUCUCGACCAGAUGAAGCGGAUAUGUGAAAUAGCUCAGCCUAGGGUUUGCGUUCGGGCAGAGUGUUUCCCCGUUGAAGGCUCCAAAGCCGCAACCGUUCUGUUUCUGGGUGAAAAGCUCGGCAUCGACAUUAUCAUUAUAGGCCAACGCCGAACUCUUUCAUCCGCCAUUCUAGGAUCUAGACGGCCUGGAGGGUCUCUAAGAGGUUCUAAAGGAGUAGAUACAGCAGAGUAUUUGAUCGAGAACUGCAAAUGUACCUGUGUUGGUGUGCAGAAGAAGGGCCAGAACGGGGGCUACAUUCUCAACACCAAGACCCACAAGAACUUCUGGCUCUUAGCCUGAUCGUGAACGACGCUUUACUCUAGCAACUAUUCCCGAUCUGCUUCCUCCUAGUCAGUUUACGUGGUUUCGGGUAGCUAACAAAACUUGUUUCUGAUAACAAGCGACUACCGGUCCUCUCCUCUUCUUUACCUGUUUCUUUCUUUUCUCUACAUUCUAACAAUGAAGUGUUUCGUGUUCAUUUCCAUUUGCAUCUACGAAAGGGUAAGCUACAAAUAUCUAAAUAGUAAGGCCAUGUGCAAC